AUGCGGCGCACGGGAACUCGCUGUUUCUUUAGCAGCUUCACCAGGGGCUUCUCCAAGGGGUUUUGGAGGGACGCUGGCGGUACCUCUGGUGGGUUGGGCGGCAGCAGUGGAAGCGGUGGGGCCAGUCUUUUUGGCCACAAGGGCGGAAGUUCUGGUGGUAACGGCGGCAACAUCUUUGGUGGGUUUGGUGGCGGUAGCGGUUUCCCGCCUGGCGGGCCGCUCGGCGGAUUCUUGGACAAGGCCCUCGAAUGGUGCAGCGAGUCGCACGCUCGCGACAUUGCACGCGAGAUGGGGGUGGAUCUGCGCGACAUCCGCUUUGAAAAAACACCAGAGGGUGGAAUGAACGUCAUGGUGGAUGCUCCUAGGGCGACACCACUGCAGAUUGAGCAACUCGGCAAACGUGUGCAAGAGGAGUGUCCGGUGGCGCGCUUCCGCAAAACUCAAGUCAACUCACCGAAGCAUGAAAUGAAAUGGGUGCAGCUGCCACCCCGGUACGAUCGAUGA